GAUUUCCACACUAGAAUAACGUUUCCGUUUUUGUUUGAGUCCAAGCUGUUUCGUACCGCUCUCUGAAGCGAGCAAACCAAAUCCGCCAUGAACCUUUUCGAUUUUUAGGCCGCUGUCAGUGUCUUCAUGGAGAACCAAUACCUUUUACCCACGUGACAUGGAGCCGUAAUCAUAGCAAUCAGUAGGUAACGUGUGAGAAACAGAACUGAGUACUUCCUGCUAGUUUAUAUAAAGUCGUCAGGACAAGCAGAGCGAACAUCGGCACCUGAGCUCUUCAAAGCGCUGCAUCACAGAGGAACAACAAUGAUGCCACUCAGCAUGAAGACGUAUCUGGCUCUGCUAUGGGGAAUGUCUGUUUCCAACGUCAUGGCGUCCGACAUGAGCGUAAACUCAACUGCUGAAUCUCACACACCUGCAGACACCAGUGUGGAACCGGAACCGGUGAUUGCCACUUCUGCAGGUGCGGCACAUCGGUCCCUCCACGACAAGGUCUUAGCUACUGCGAAACCUACAGAGGGUCCGAUGCAUCAACAACCACCCGUCGCCUCCACUGUCCCGACUGCUCCUGCUUCAGCUUCUGUGGCCGAAGUGGCGAUGUCUUCACAGCAGCCCUCGUCCACCGCCAAGCUCUUCAAGCAGACCCUCGGCGGUCCCUCGGCUUCAGCCACUCCCCCGAUUGCAACUAGCCCCGCCCCUGGGCCGCCCACAGCUGGUUCCCCCACCUUCUCAUUCACAACCGGAUCCCCCAUCUCCACCACCAAGACCACCGCCGCCGAUGUCCCAACCACUGGCAAUGUCCCGACCACCGCCAAUGUCUCCACCACCGCCAAUAUCCCGAACAUGCCCACUGUCUCCACCACCACCACCGCCAAUGUCCCCACCACCGCCAAUGUCUCCACCACCGCCAAUAUCCCGAACAUCCCCACUGUCUCCACCACCACCACCGCCAAUGUCCCCACCACCGCCAAUGUCUCCACUACUGCUAAUAUCCCGACCAUCCCCACUGUCUCCACCGCCAAUGUCCCCACCACCGCCAAUGUCUCCACUACUGCUAAUAUCCCGACCAUCCCAACUGUCUCCACCACCGCCGCCACCACCGCCAAUGUCUCCACCACCACCAAUGGCCCCACCAGCGGCCAUGCCCUGACCACCACCAAUGUCUCCACUGCCAAUGUCCCGACCACUGGCAAUGUCUCUACCACCAAUACCUCCACCACGCCUACAGGAAUCCUGUUCCCUCGUGUCCCCAAAAGGAUGUCAGUGCCAACCACCAAAUCAACUCCGCCAGCCACGCUAGCACCUGGUGAAAAGAGCCCACAGACCACCAAAGUCCCACCCUGCUCCACCCAACGCGUGAUAAAGCACUUCCUCGUCGCCAUCGCCUUCCUGGCUCUGUUGGCAACCGUCUUCAUUUUCUCUACCAUCGUCCUCUGCACCAAGCUGUCGGCAAGGAAGUACAACAUCAGAAAACCUGAGCCGGCGACCGAGAUGAUGUGCAUCUCGGCCCUGCUGCCUGAGAGGAGCAUCACUUACUCCAGACAACGCAACCCGGUCACCAACGGAGUCCUGGUGAUCCACGGUGAUGCAGACAGCGAUGAAGACGGAGGAGAUAACCUCACUCUCAGCAGCUUCCUUCCAGAAAAUGACCGAUAUGUUUAAAUGGAGUUGUUAUUGGCAGCGGACCUGGGACCUGUCUGAUGUCGCUGCAGUGGAAACAGCUGCUGUAAUAAACUCGUGCUCCCCGUUCGUGGUUUUGUCAUCGCUGCACAAUCCAUCGACGUGGAGGAACAGCAGGAAUGUAGAUGAACCUUUAAUGUAUCUGCCGUUAGGACAGGUCAUCCACUGUCUGUUUUAGGCAAGAGUGGAGACUUUUGAGAUAGACGGCAUGAAGACUGGUAUCAAAGAUUGUGUUUCUUAACAUCCUGAGCGGAGCCGUGAUGGUAUUUCACUUAGCAACGGGGAACAGGAAGUCUGGUUUCGUCAAGGGAUUUAUGCUCUAUGCAGACACUGUCCAGUUUACAAGCGCUGUUCUGGUGUCGACGUGGCUUCAUUGUAUGAACAUUGUAAUUUGAAUCAUGUUAAACUGUAUGUGACUGUUUAUGUCGGUGUUUAGAUGCAGCUUUUGUAAUUUAUUAAACAAUUUGUCUUAUUUAGCUGUUUGGUAAAAUUGUACGGGUCUGUUACUGCCAGAGAUACUGGAUAUACUCAAAUCUAAAAAGUUUUGGUCCCAUUGUCGUAUUAUUUAACUGGAAUGAAAAACGGAGAGCUGCUUCUGAUGAACUCUGCUGCAAAAUCUUCAGAACAAGAUGUGAAAGUGAAUGAAACACAAAACAACUCUGUUUCCAUUAUAACAAAGGUGUUCAAUGUCCAUUUCUCUCUUUAAAUGGUAAAAAGUCACAAUACAACCGA